AUGGCGAGCAUGAGCUCCACGCUCGUCGAAACCGUCUCCAUCAACUACGAGGACUUUAACGAGAGCUUCCUCACAUGCGGCACCUGUUUAUGCACUUAUGAUGGUGGCGAGCACACACCCAAGCUCCUGCCGUGCUCCCAUACAGUCUGCCUCCACUGCCUCACACGAAUAGCUGCUUCACAAACCAGAGACGCGGGCAGUUUCCGAUGUCCCAUUUGUCGCGAGCUGAUUACAAUACCACGGGGCGGGGUGGCCGCACUCCCGCCCUCGUUUCUCGUCAAUCAACUCCUCGACUUGAUGGCCCGUCAACGUCGGGAAGUGAUACCGCAGUGUAGUUCGCAUCCAGGCAGAGAGUUGCUUUUCUGUGAGACCUGUGAUUGCGUAUUCUGUCGACAUUGCGCCGACGGGCCACACAGCGAUACCCCCUGCGACCAUACAGUUGUGCCAUUCUCCAUAGCGUUGAAAAGAAUGUCUGAAAUACUGCUAUAUAGGGCGAACGAAUGUCUCAGUAAACUCGGCUCCGCAAGAGAUGCAGUGGCCAGUGAACUGCGACGGCUCGAAGCGGCCGCGACUGCAGCGGACGAGGCAAUAGACCGGCACUUCGCGGAACUGAAGGCUGCUAUCGAUAAACGUCACAGUGAACUCAAGUCAGCCGCCGCAGCUGCAGCGACACAUAAACGAAAGUUGCUUGAAGAACAACUCAAGUUGAUCGAUGCGGAAAAAGCUAAGGUGGAAGCAGAAUGUUCAGGUCUCCAGCAGCAAGUAGAAGUUCGUGAGGUGAGCAGUCGUGCUGCGGCACUGGGUGCCAGGUUAGGGGACGCGGCAGCUCUGGCUGAACCACGAGAGAAUGCUUUCCUCGCUGUAGACUUCGCCCACAAUGACGCUCAGCAAAGAUUCUCCGAAGCUUUGGCAGAGUUAGGCAGGGUGCGCACUAGCACCACCUUCCCUGGACUUUGUACACUACAAUUAGAAUCGGCGUGUGUAUGUGGUUUGGAAGUGGUAGUGGUUCUGCGCACAGUUGAUUACCACGGCGAGGCGCGUUGCACCGGCGGGGACCCUGUCAGCGCCGCCGCGACCAUUGACGACGCACCCCUGCCCUGCACCGUCACUGAUCUUGACACCGGAUUGUAUAGAAUCACAAUGCGUCCUUGGACGGCGGGCGCGCUAUGCGUCCGCGUGCUAGUAUUUGCGCGCGGCGUGCGGGACUCUCCGCUUCGUGCGCAGGUGGCCCCCACCGCCGCCCCACUACUUGUCUGGGGCUCCAGGGGAACUGGGAAGGAACAGCUCAGCCAACCUGUUGCACUGGCUAGAUGUCCGAAACGGCGUGAGAUCUACGUACUAGACGCGGGUAACUCGAGAGUCAAGGUGCUGGAUGAUGAGACGUUCGCAUUCAAAACGCAUAUCGUUAAUGAAGGGUUAGCAGGUCGGAGUUGUACAGGGAUAGCGGUUACUGCUGAGGGGAUAGUGGCCGUCAACUGGCGAACACGAACUCUCACUGAGGUGAGUGGUGAGGGUGCGACCCUCCGUACGAUCAGGUCAGACAGGUUGCAGGAGCCAGUAUGCGUGGCUGCAGACCUGGCCUCGCGCCGCCUCGCUGUCGCAGACAACGGCGCGCGGGCUGUCUUCCUCUUUGAUAGCCAUGGAAAUAUUGAGAGAGAGGUGGGCAACGGAGAGUUGGGCUUAGUCGGCGGAAUCGCGCUGUCUGAAGACUUGCUGAUCAUAGCGGACGUCGCCAUCAGGGUCUAUGAUAUUGAAGGCAAUCUUAAGAAUGUUUUCGCACCGGUGCCAAAAGGUCGUGGUGGAUACGGCGGUAUAGCGCUAGCGACAUCUAGUGAGGGCGGGACGCGACACGUAGUAUGCGCCCGCGCAGUGCGAGGCCGGCCUGCACUAUUAGUAUUGGAGCCUGGCGCAGGAAAAGUGCUAGCUCUGUCAGAGCUGGCCGAUAAAAAGCCUCGCCGCGUGGCCGGACUUACGCUACUGCCUAAUCGAAGGGCCCUACUCGCCGACCUAGCUGCAGACUGCUUGAGGUUACAUACUUACUGGUGAAACCUGGGCGAAUCCUUAUGGGUGACGCGUAUCGAGAUGGGAGCGGGGCGGGCGCAGGAGCGCGACGUAAUCGAAUUUCAUGCUAGUCCAAUAUUAUAACGGAGAAUCGAACUGUUGGCCAUACACACGGACUGCGAGGGGGAGAUACUUGCACCAAAGUCUUUAGUCGGCCCGCGACGGCCACUGCGUUAUCAAUAACUAUAUUUUAGUACUUACAGUAUUUAUUUCGUAUUAAGUUGAUUAAGUUAUUUUCUAAAAACGUUUACUUUGUCGAUUAGUUCGACGCCUAUACGGAAUUUGACAAUAUUAUGACUGAUUUUGAUUUUUACGUGUAAUAUUUUCUCGAUUUACUUACUUUUCGCUGGUCUAAGAACGUCAAAUCGUGACUUUUUAUGAUAAAAUUAUUAUUAUUAUUAUUGAUUAGUAAUUAUAUUUGCAGUUAAGUGUAACUUGGUUGAUCUACUGUGCAAUCGGCGAUGUUUUUGAAUUAGUCUUUAAAUUCUUGUCAGUGAUAGUGAUCACUUUAUUUAUUUGUAUUGUAUGCAUCAAACUUGUUAGCGAUUCUAAAGUUCGCUUUAACUAGUCGUAAGACGAACGCAUUUAUUUUAAGACUAACAUUAGUUAGUAUUCUUUCUCUUGGAAAAAAGAAAUGAUCUUUAUGGUCACAUAAUAAUAUUGAAUACAGACAAUAUUUAUGAUAUAUUAUCUAUUUAGGAUGUUGCCUUUACUAAUGAUACGAAAUAGUGAAAAAUUAAAUUCAAAAUUGAUCAGUUUUCGCGGUACAUAUCCAGUAGCCUUGUUUGGUACGCUUAGUGAUAGUGCGUUGUUAUUAGUUGGACAAUGUCGUUUCGUUGGUUUGUCCAAACUACUUAGACAGUCAUUUAGCCUACUCUUUAAGUCUGCGACCAGAUAUUUCCCUAAACGACUGAAGUUUGAAUUAACAAUUUACUUGAAUCUUCACGGGAAGGUAUAUGCUAAAUUAUAUACUUCUGCUUACACCUCCAUGUUAUAAAAUGUCGACAAUAUCUGGCCGCACCCAGUUAAAUACCAUAGUACGCGUUAUAUAUAAAGUUCAUAAGUAAUAGCUACAUAUGUGAUCAUUUACAAAUAAGAAUCUUAAUGUUAAUAACUACGCAUUAUAAUGACCGUUUUACUAAAAAAAUAAUAUUGAUUAAUACACCCAAUGAUACUUAGCGAUAACACAAAUAGAUAUUAUACUUAAUUUCUUUAUUUAUUUUUAUAGUGAAACGGUUCAAGUUGAAAAUUACAAAUCAUAUCUGCCUAUUACGAAUAAGUUAGUUGUUUCUCAUUUUAAAUUUCUUGAGGUAUCGAUGCCAUAUUUUGAUUAAUUAUUAUACUUACUUAAUUAAAAAAUUAACGUGUGCUAUUUACAAAAUUAGUUGCGAACAAAUUAAUAAAUUAAUAGCAUAUUACAUUUCCUUGACGUUAAUAUUGAUUGCUCAAUAAAAGUAUGUAUGAAUGAUAAUAUCAUAUCAUACGAUCAAAGAAAAUUCUCUCAUAAAUCACUGAGUUGUUAAGACUGGGGUUGCAUCACGAUUGAUGUUUCAGAAGUCAUAACAAACCAAGAACGAAUUAUGAACGUUGAUCAGUAACAUUGGCGUCGGAAGAGAGGUACUGCCUUCAUAAUCGCGAACGAUCAAAGAACGAUUCAAAAAAAAUGUCCACUGAAAUCAAUCUUAACACAUUUUUUCUAAGGGCGAUGAUAACUUAAAUAAUGUUUUCUCAGGGAGUGCCAAACUCCUGGCUGGUCA